AUGAAUGCCUCCAGCGACGGUCGAGAACAACCAACCCCGCUCUUCGUCGAGUUGGAAGGCGAACAACCCGCCUCGCUUUCUAUGGCCCCCUAUCUACCGCAAGAGAUUAUUGAUCUGAUAAUCUGGCACACCGAGGAUAAUCUGACGCUGGCCUCACUACGGCUGGUUUCAAGACUAUGUCGGAGCAGUGCCACCCCUCUCUAUUUCAGGCGGCUACCUAUUAUGUUAUCGAACAACUCCGCUGCUAACAUCGAAAACCUUACUCGAUCACCUUAUAGUAGCUAUGUGGAAGAGCUCCAUUGGGCUGACAAGGAACUCCAAUACCAGUUAAAUGACAACCUCGAGACUUUUCAAGACGCCUUUAAGGAGAGAUUAGCAGGGUUAUCGAGCGAGGCCGUAAUAGAGUGGCAUGAGAAAUAUCGCGCCUGGUACAGCGGACAGGAAAGCUUGUACUAUCCCAUUUACGUUGGGACUGGCGAGAAAACCUUCGACGUGAGGGGUUUCGUCAACCUGAAAAGGGUGUCUGUUACCAAUGACUGUGAAGCUGGGGCUGAGCAAUACCCAACUGCACUCGAGGCACCAGAUAUCCUCGACCGUCCCGCCCCAUGGAGCACCACGAGAUCGUGCAGCCCGCAGCGGGGAGGCACGUAUGUCAUGAUUCUGAAGUCUCUAGCUACGCUAAACAGGCUCACGCAUUUGUCUAUCAAAACAGAGGGCGCGAAAUGGGAGAGGGUAUUCAUGUCUCCCCGUCAGAUACCUAAUGGAACUAGACCGGUAUCGCUGUCGCUGUUUGAAAGCAUCACGCACCUCGAUAUUGAUCUGUGCAUGUGGGACGUGCAUCCGUAUGGCCAUAUACCAACACCUCAGUGCCGUGUCAUAAACUUUGGAGAGGCUAGAAACCUCGAGUCGCUGACUUGGAAAACCCAUCUCCAUGCCGUGGAUGAGGCAGGGAACCUAGGGAGGCCGCUAAAGGGGCUCCAGGCCGCUCGCUGGUGUCCUCCUGUAUUUGCAAUUCGCUCUGAACUCUAUCCCAAACUCCGCUACCUUGAGGUCGAUUGCUUCCGCGUUUCUAUACAUUGGCUCAUAACUGGCUUAACGGCUCUGCAAUCGUCCCUCCAGUCUCUCAUCUUGAGACGCUGCAUUUUCAAGCCCCCUCUUGCGAAGAUAUUCGUGGAACUCCGGAAGAGAAAAAUCGUGCCACCUGUGGCUAUAUUUGAGAACAGCCAAAACAAUGCCAGUCAACCAGAUCCGGAGAGACCAAACGUUUUGAAUGAAGUUGCUAUUACACGAUAUCUAGUCUGGUUGGGGAUGAAGGAAACCUUGUGUCUGCACUCCUGGGAUGAGCAGAUUGAGGCCUAUGAGGAGCGGGCUCUGAGAGUGUGAAAAGAUGGAUUUACGCCGCAUAAGACAGCGACGGAUGCUACCAUUUUCAGCAGCUUCUUUGCCGUCAGACAAUUAAAUGGAGUUGACUUUACGU